CUCCCGACGCCCUCCUCCAGUUGCAAAGCAUUGCCACAUACACAGAAAACAUUUCCCGGUCCAGAGUGGCAGAGAAUGGGCAGAUACCUCUCUUUUCUACUACUCCUCGGCGUCGCGCUUGCGCUCGCCGGCCCGGCCAAUGGCGACAUGGCGGCGGCGUUCGCCAGUACGGCGGCGGCGUACAGCAUCGACACGGCGGUGCGGCAGCGGAUGUCGCAGUCGUCCAUGAAGCUUGAGGAAGGCGUGGACCCUGAGCUCAGUAUCGACCUGGAGGUGCACCGCCGCGUCCUCGCCGGCAUCAGCCCCGGUGCCCUGAACCGCAACAGGCCCGCCUGCCCCGGCGCGUGCCCGGCGCCCGGAGGGUCGUACACCAACCGAGGAUGCCAGAAGAAGUACCAGUGCCGUGGCUGAACGGAGCAGCAGGGCUCUCUGGCCGACAACCUCCUGCGCACGCAUGCACGUUCGAUCGACGUAAAUUCUCAUUUUGUAUUUAUAUUUGAUUCCGCUAUCUUGGAAUAAUGUGGCAGUCUUGUUGGAACAAGUGUGAGGUGAUAUCGAUUGAUCUUGUUCACGAGAAA